AUGGUCCAGCCUGCGACGCACUCGGCUGUUGCUACGUCAAUGGCAGCCACCAGCCAGGGACUUGGAUUAAAGUCUAAAAUAUCAGGUACGUCAGGUGGUGUUGCUGCAAGCGGUUUGCUGUCGGACAUUCCCCUAACCAGAAUAUUCAGCGGUUCCGAUUCGCAGGAGGCAGCCACAGAAGCACAGACUGCUUUGGUUCAGCAAUACGCACCGGCAGCACGAUGCUCGUGGAAGAUCACGCAGUUCCAGUCCUGUGCACAAGAACAGCCCGAUUUGACCCUGUGCGAAGGUUUCAACGAGUCGCUCAGGCAUUAG